AUGCACAAUGGAGGAGCGCAUCGAACAGAGAAAAUACACCCGAGUAGGUGGGGGUUUACCUGCUUCGUUAGCUACAAGCCUUGGCUGUUACAUUUGAUGCUUGGUACCUUCUUUAAUGCUUCUCGUUUUUGCCGCCGUCAAACCGCCCAUAUGGUGUUGGGACGGCUGAAGCUACCUCCGACAAUUGCGCGGAGGUUGUUUUCCGUUCGCCCCUACAGCACGAGCACAUAUUCGAACUCGGCUGCUGACUCCAACUUGUCGCAACGAGACCUCAGACCAAAGCCGCCCCUAACCGAAGCUAUCGACGCAGAAUGGAGGCAGCUCCUCCAGGACCUUAAGGACAACCAAUUACUCGCCCAAGGCGAUGAAUCGGAACCACAAUCAACGGAACCGCAGUCCCCAUGGCUGCUCCGGCUGACGGGCACAUCUGCUAACCUUCAACCGUCUGACUUUUACCGCCUGGCACCGCAGUCAGACCAUGUGCAUUACUGGACCACGCAAGGCAGCCUGGCGGCUGUGACCCAGGCCCGUCACCCGAGUACUCAGGAGGGCCUCGACCACUACCUGCUCUAUUUUGAGUCGGAGGCCGGCGCAUUGCGCUACCGCGAUGAGGCCCUUCGUCUGCAUAAACUAUCCAAGGAACUUAAGGCCGUGCUCGCCCAUCCGCCCUUGCCACGGAAGGAGCAACGAAAGAGAGCCAAAGCUAAAGCGAAGAGGAAAUCGAAGCUCGCGGGCGAUGCUCUUGAAGAGUUGGAAUCCAUUAUGGAGCAAGACAAAGGUAACGCAGAGGCCACCGGUGGACAGCAGCCAGCUCUAGCCAUGCCAUGGGGAGCUCUCAAGCCGCGGUCACAAGCGCCACCACAGCCAGCUGCAAAGCCGAAGCCACAUCCACGAGAUUUUGCGGCGGAAACCCGCGCCUUCACCCUUGCUCCUCCCGACGCCGAGCUCGAUCUGUAUGGCCCCUUUCGGCCCGAUCCAAAAGACAAACCUCCUUGCGUUGCACGCUCGGCCCAGGUCCUGCUUGUCGUUUCGGGCGGCAGCGGCAACGGCUUCUCGAGGUCCGCCCUCGGCCGUCUGAUAGCUGCCGACGGCGAGCGUCGAAACCUGCGCUGGCGGCUGCGCGGUGGCGCCUCGGUCCUGCCGCUCCGCAUCGACAUGUCGCCUGCCGCUCGAGCGGCAAGGAAGGAGUCUGGGGUCGACAACUCCGGUGAUACGCUACGUCAGGCGGUCGAGCUGACACAAGCUGUCGAAGCCAGCAACGAAACGGACAACGACGCACUCUAUAUGCGUUAUAUUUUAUCGUUUGAGGAUAGCACCGAGGCCAAACGUUUUGCGCGGGAGUGGCACACGAGGAAACUUGUCUUCAAUAACGGAGAAAUAGUCUUUUUUGUAAAAACUACAGCUCUCUGGUAG